ACGAGCGCACGCAGCCCGAGAGAGAGCAAGGAGGAGCCGCCGCCGCCGCCGCGAGGAGGAAGACCCGGGCCGGGAGUAGCAGAGAUGGCGUCGAGGACGGUGUCCAAGGACAUCAUCACACUCAAGGGCUCCGCCGCCAUCGUCAGCGAGUUCUUCGGUUACGCGGCGAACAGCAUCCUGUACAACCGCGGGGUGUACCCGGAGGAGAGCUUCGCGAGGGUGAAGAAGUACGGCCUCCCCAUGCUGCUCACGCAGGACGAGGCCGUCAAGACCUUCAUCACCAACCUCACCUCCCAGCUCUCCGAGUGGCUUGAGGCGGGGCAGCUGCAGAGGAUCGUCCUGGUCAUCAUGAGCAAGGCCGCCGGCGAGGUGCUCGAGCGCUGGAACUUCAACAUCGUGACCGACGUCGAGGUCGUCGAGAAGGGGGUGAUCAAGGAGAAGAGCGACAAGGAGAUCAUGAGGGAGAUCCAGGCCAUCAUGCGGCAGGUCAACUCCUGCAUCUCCUUCCUCCCCUGCCUCGAAGAGCCAUGCAUAUUCGACGUGCUGGCCUACACCGACGCGGAGACCGCCGUGCCCUUCACCUGGGUCGAGAGCGACGCUAAGCUCAUCGACAACCCGCAGAUGGUGAAGCUGCACUCCUUCGACACCAAGAUCCACAAGGUGGACACGAUGGUGUCCUACAAGGUCGACGACCUGGACGAUGAGUAACCUGCGGUGGCCCCGAGCUUCCAGACAUUACAUGCCCCUGCUGGCGUGAAGUGACCUGUGUGAAUCGUUCAUUCACGUCUGGAAGUGAC